GAUAGCGCACUCCAAUCCCUGCUCCCAGUGUUAGUCAGAGUAUGGAGCUGGGAACGUGAAUCAAUGUGUCACUCUGCAAAUAGAGUUACUAAGCGAAAUAAGUCAGCACAAGCCGUGAAAACGGUUCCCAUUUAAGACUGACAAGUACACCCUAAUCGAAUUAUCGUCGGGACAACUGGAUUUGCGUUAACAUUUUCUGUAUUUCGAAAACACUGCUUGUGUUUUCUCUGGGAAAGAGAAGUGGGACGCCUUCCUAAAAAUCGAGAACUCAAGGAUUUCUCACAGCAGUUAUUAAGCCAGCCGUGUGGGAGGGUGUGCGUGUGACCUCCACGCUUGUCUGGGUUGUCUGCGGGCCCUGAAUUCGGGGGAGGAGAAGGAACAAAGCCAAAGAUGGAACAGCUUUCGGAUGAGGAGCUGGACCACGCCGCGGAGGAGGACAGCGAUAAGGAGGACCAGGACCUGGACAAGAUGUUCGGAGCCUGGCUCGGCGAGCUGGAUAAGCUGACACAGAGCCUGGAUGAUGGAAAGCCGGAGAAAGUUCAGAAGGCUCCCCUCAGACAGGAAACCAACCUGGCCAACUUCUCCUACCGCUUCUCCAUGUACAACAUCAACGAGGCGCUGAACCAGGGCGAUGCGGUGGAUCUGGACGCCCUCAUGGCGGACCUGUGCUCCAUCGAGCAGGAGCUCAGCACCAUCAGCAAGCCCAGCGGCGGGCCGUCCCGCCUGGGCGUCCCGGCCGAGGCCAAGCUGCGGCAGAAGCCUCCGGCGGGGCGCAGCGGGGCGGGCAGGCCUGCGGGGGGCAGCAGCGGGGGCAGCAGCAGCAGCAGCGCCCGGGCCUCCCCCUCCUCCACCGUGCGGGGGGGCUCCAGCCACGCCCGGCCCCUGGUGUCCAACCUCUCCCUGGACGACAUCACGGCCCAGCUGGAGCAGGCCUCCCUCAGCAUGGACGAAGCCGCCCGCCAGAGCUCCUCCCCCACGUCUGCCGGCCCCGCCCCCGCCUCGUCCUCCUCGUCCACCUCCUCUUCCUCCUCGGCCUCCGCCUCGGCCGCCACGCUCCGCCGCCCUUCCUCCUCCUCCUCUUCCUCCAACCACCGGCGGACGGGCUCGGUCGGGACGGUCAGCGACCACGACGUGCGGUCCAUCGGAAACUCCUCCCGCUCCAGCGUCAACUCCGCCUCCGCGUCCAGCAUGGACUCGCUCGACAUCGACAAGGUGCUGCGGCCCCCCGAGAUGGACGGCCUGCAGGGCCCCUCCGUCCAGCAGCAGGCCCCCCAGGGCCAGCCCAGCACAGAGCAUGCACCGCUGAGAUGGCCCGGCGGUAGGCAGGCCCGGCGGCACCUUGACUUUGCCUCACAGGAAGUGGAAGUGGACUUGAGCACUCACUCCUAUCUGGACAGGGAAACCUCGCUCAUUCUGAAAAACAUUGCCGGAAAGCCCUCUCACUUGCUGACCAAGGAGGAGCAGGCAGCCAAACUGAAGGCUGAGAAGAUCCGGGUGGCUCUGGAGAAGAUCAAAGAGGCGCAGGUGAAAAAGCUGGUGAUCCGUGUGCACAUGUCGGACGAGAGCUCCAAGACCAUGAUGGUGGACGAGCGGCAGACAGUCAGACAGGUGCUGGACAGCCUCCUGGACAAGUCCCACUGCGGGUACAGCCCCGACUGGUCACUCGUGGAGACCAUCAGCGAGCUGCAGAUGGAGCGCAUCUUCGAGGACCAUGAGAACCUGGUUGAGAAUUUGUUGAACUGGACCCGGGACAGCCAGAACAAGCUCAUGUUCAUUGAGCGCAUUGAGAAGUAUGCUCUCUUCAAAAACCCCCAGAACUACCUGCUUGGAAGGAAGGAGACCUCCGAGAUGGCCGACAGGAACAAGGAAGCUCUGCUGGAGGAGUGUUUCUGUGGAAGCUCGGUGAGUGUCCCUGAGAUGGAGGGGGUUCUCUGGCUGAAGGAGGACGGGAAGAAGUCCUGGAAGAAACGCUACUUCCUCCUGCGUGCCUCUGGGAUAUACUUUGUGCCCAAGGGCAAGGCAAAGGCCUCCAGGGACCUGGUGUGCUUCCUGCAGCUGGACCAUGUGAAUGUGUACUACGGCCAGGACUACCGCAGCAAGUACAAGGCCCCCACCGACUACUGCCUGGCCCUCAAGCAUCCUCAGAUCCAGAAGAAGUCCCAAUACAUCAAGUACUUGUGCUGUGAGGACGUCAGGACUCUCCACCAAUGGGUCAACGGAAUCCGCAUCGCCAAGUAUGGGAAGCAGCUCUACGUCAACUACCAGGAGGCCAUGAAGCGCACCGAGGCGGCCUACGAUUGGUCCUCCCUGUCCAGCUCCAGCAUCAAAUCCGGCUCCAGCUCCUCCAGCCUGCCAGAAUCUCAUUCCAACCACUCCACCCAGUCAGACAGCGGGGUCUCAGACACCACCUCCUCAGGCCACGGGCGUUCCCAGAGCGUGGUGAGCUCCAUCUUCUCCGAGGCCUGGAAGAGAGGCACGCAGAUUGAGGAGAACACCAAGGUGAAAGCAGAGUCCGUCAGAGGAAGCCACCCCCCCCAGACCCGGGGCAGCUUCACCCACGCGUCUCCCCAGCCCUCCCCCUCCCCUCCUCCUCCUCCACCUCCCCCACCUCCUCCUCCACCUCCUCCACUCCCCAACCCUCCCCAUCAGGCCACGCCCACCAUGUUCACCAAGUACAGCACCAUCGCCCGGCUGCAGAACGCCUCCUCCCAAAACACCGCCAAUCACUUCAAGCCCACCUCCGUGGCCCCGGCCCCGGCCCCCCCUCCGCAGUCGGUGAAACCCCACCCCGCCUCGGCUAACGUCCCGCCCCCUCCCCCGCCUCCUCCUCCUGCCACGGCCCCUGCCCCCGGGUCGGCCAUGGCCGUGCUGAAGCUGGGGCCGCUCAGCCCCGCCCUGCCCCAAUUCACACCCCCCCCGCCCCCCCAGGUGCUGCAGCAGCAGCAGCAGCAGCAGCCUCUGCCCUCGGCCCCCCCUCCACCUGCUGUCCACCUGCAGAGCAACGGCAUGCCCCCUCCCCCGCCGCCCGCCCAGGUGAAAUACCCCCCGCCCACCCAGAUGAAAUACCCUUCCCCCCUCAGCAGUAACGGCCUCCAGCACACGCUGGCCCACAGAUUCCCCCACCCGUCCCCGGAUUUCCCCCCUCCCUUCAGCCAGGUUGAGUCUCCACCGCCUCCACCCCCUCCUCCCCCUGCCCCUGCCCCUGCUCCUCCACCACCCCCACCCCAGCAAGCGUCUGCCCCUAAGCCGGCCCUCGUUAAGCUGUUCUCUGGGGGCUUCCCCCCCCAAACCGCUCCCAAACCCUGUGGCCCAGGCAUCCCAACCUCCCCUGUGUCCCCCCUCCCGCCUGCCCCGCCUCCGGAACCAACUCCGCCCCCUCCCGCCCCACUGAAAAAGCAGCACAGCCUGUCAGCGGGGCACUCCCACAACCAGCCCCCUCCAACCCUGCCCAAGCAGCACAGCUUCCCCUCCAAGGGCCUGCCCCUGCCCAACCCCAUCUCCCCCACGCCCUCUCUGGUCAAGCAGAUGGCCAGUCAGUUUCCGGGGGCGUCUCCCACCGUUCCUAACGCCCCCCUGUCCCCUCCUGUGGUCAAAACCAAGCCCAAGUGGCAGCCGGUGGGGCAGGUCCAACAGAAGUCCCCUGAAUUCCCCCCUCCUCCGCCUGAGAGCACCCUCAACUUCCCUCCCCCACCCCCUCCCUUACCCGCUGCCCCGGCUUUACCCCCUGCACCUGCUUUACCCCCUGCCCAUACCUUGCCCCCUCCCCCUCCCUUACCUCCUGGUCCAACCUUGCCUCCUCCCCCGCCCUUACCUCCUGGUCCAACUUUGCCCCCUGCCCAUACCCUGCCACCUCCUCCGCCCUUACCCCCUGGUCCAACCUUGCCCCCUGCCCAUACCUUGCCCCCUCCCCCUCCCUUACCGCCUACCCCGGCCUUACCUCCACCACCCCCUCUCCCGCCGACCAAGGGGUCGCCUUUGAAGAAGUCCCCCUCUUCCUCAUCCGCUGGAGGGAAGAAGCCCCCUCCGACUCCCCAGCGCAACUCCAGCAUCAAGUCCACGUCCCCGGGGGAGUACCAGGAGUCUAAGAAGUUCGAGAGCCUGGUAAGCAAGUUCGGCCAGCCCUCCAGCUCCGGUUCGGGGUCCUCCCCGGCCUCCUCCUCAGGGUCUCCCUCCAAGGACUCCAUGGGCCCUCCGGCUCCCCCCAAACCUGGUAAGCUCAACCUAUCCAACCUGCCCCUCGCCCUCCAGGCCAAAGUGGGGCAUCCCCGGCAGUCUGGCGCCGAAUUCCCAUCCCCGCCAUCCGAGAUCGACUACUUCCCCCCUCCUCCACCCGACUCGGAGCUCCUGCCCCCUCCCCCACUGCCCCCAGACCUCCACUCCCAUGGCGGGGCUCCCAAAGUGGCUGUGGUCAACCCCCAGCCACCAGUCUCCUCCGUCUGGAGCAAGAGCUCACUGAAGAAGACUCCCCCUCCUACGCUCCAUCGUCGCGGUAACGCCACCCCCGAGCCCGCGCCCCUCUCCCCGCCCCCCUUCAGUGGCAAGCAGCCGCCACCCCCGACCUCCCCCAAGAGCAACCCACCGGGUCAGCCCAACUUCCUGGAGGACCUGAACCGGACUCUGAAGAGGAAGUCCAUUACCCGCCACGGCUCGCUCACUUCCUCCCGGAUCUCCACCAAGAUGGAGGUCGUGGCCACCAUGGACGACAUGGCGCUCCCGCCCCCGCCCCCUGAACUACUGCUGGAGCCGCAGAACCAGGGGGGGUUCACCGGGAACAUCUCAGGCUAUGCAACACUAAGGCGGGGGCCACCGCCCGCCCCCCCCAAACGGGACACAGCCACCAAACUGACUCGGGAGUGGUAGUCGAGGACCGAGCUAAGACCUUUUUGACGGUCUUCUUGAGAAAGUGGACCUUUUUGAAGGUCUUCUUGAGAAAGUGGACCUUUUUGAAGUUGGUCUUGAGAAAGUGGACCUUUUUGUGCGAUGACUUGAGUCCGCAGGCCGAGAGAUUCGUUCUUCUCUUCAGAAACUUUCCGUUUCUCGUUAUGGAACCACGCAGGAGUACGCCAGUAUUCUGUUCCUCUAACUCAAUAAUCACUACUUUAUUCCAUAAACAAAUCUCACCACCAGCUUAUCCGUGUGUUUGUGCCGCUUGGUAUUAAUUGUAGGUAAUUAUACAAAACGUGACAAUAAGAAUGACUUGUUGCAAUAUAUUGGUACUGCAUGGACAACUCUAUGGACAUGAUGUAACAUGAGAACCUAUUUGGGGAGAGUGGGAGGGGGCGGGGUGUGAUCGGAUGAAAGCUGUAAUUGGACUUCGGUGGGGAAUAGUUUUAUCUUCGUUUUUUUUAUAUAAAAUUAUUUAAUACAUGCGAAAGAUUUUCUUAUUUUAGAGUUGAGUUUUUAAAAGCCUGGAGAGUGAACCUGUCCUGGUGGUAAGUCUGGGUACAGAAGUGGAGGUGUGUGAGGAACCAUGUGUGACUGCGUUGGGAAUGGGACAGUGGUUUGGGAAGGUGGAUGGUGGUUUGGGAAGGGGACAGUGUUUUGGGAAGUUGAGCGUGGAGAGACUCUCAGCAAUGCAGGAUUCCCGAACUGUGCACUCUUGGUGCACGACUCUGAUUAUGCUCAGUCGACACCCAGUGUGACACGUACGGUGAGCAGCAGCCUUUGGACAAGUACAGCCGUCCGACUUCCUGGUUUUAUGAAGGACUGUACAGAUGUGUGAGACGUUUACUCGAUGCAGAGAAGAGACUUUGCAUAUUGCACCAAACCCCUUGAAGACCUUAAAAGGAAACGCGAUUGCUUUACAACUGGAAUGUGAGAGACAACGUGAUUCAGAUGAUCGUUUGUGUUUUGAGACUCCUGUAUUUUUUAUUUUUACUUUUUUAAAGGUUUGCUGCAAAAAAAAAAAAACUGAAUGAAAUGCCCUUAACAGUCCGCCUUUGCAAACUGCUGGGUUGUGUAAUGUGGGCUUGACCUACUCUGUCUCUAUUUUAGGCUGGUCACCUUGCUAUCUUUCUGUACUUACUGCUGCUCCUGUCUUUAAUUGAAUCCUUUGGUCCCGCUCUUUAGAGUGCUGGGGAGGGGAAGGGUGGGGGUGAAGCAGAUUGGUCACAUUAGAGAGGAGUUGGGUUGGGUUGAAGUGGGUCUUCUGUCCCAAGCACCAAGGAAAUGGCCGCCACUGCAAGUGCCCGCAUUUCUAGGCCUGCUGUCCCCUGGGAGUCAGAGAGGAUCAUGGGACCUGUAGUUCUCGAUGCCCACAGUUGGCAUGCCUUCUCUCGACAUUCAGGGGUGCUAGGACUGGUCCUCUCAGCUAUGGUGGUGUCUACACAAAGCUAAUGGCCAAAUAAAGGACACAACAGGCCCUGUCCACAGUGUAGUGUGAGUGUGUGUAGUCUUCUGGGGGUUACUCUGGCCUGCCUUUCUGGUUGCCGUCUCUGUGCCGAGCCAGAGGGGGUUUCUCUUGGACUACAACACUCAUGGAGUUAAAAAUGGACAACAGUGGGAAGUCGGCCAAACUCUGAGAAAUGUAACUUGUGGAUCAUAUAAACAUGUAUACAUAUUUCCUUGCCUCCUGACCUGUCGCCAUAGUGUCAAUAGUUGUUUAUUCCCGUACAAUGUUAUUCUGUUUUAAGGUUUUCAAUUAUCUGCAAGUGAAUUAUGUAAGCAUUAAAUUAUUGAAAUAUUGUAUCUGAUCACAAAGGCCAAAGGAGCUGUUUAAAGUCAGGAACAUCUCUGGAAUAUAUAAAUACAUUGGAAAAUUAAAAAUAAAAUGUCUCUUGCAUUUAAA